UCCAAGAGAGAGUGAGAGAGAGUCAUAGGGCACAUUUGUUCGAAUCCCCAUAACAAGGAUGAGUUACCCCUACUACUCUCCUCCACCACCUUCACCACCUCUGCCAUGCUCUCCUCCACCACCACCGCCACCUGCCCCAUGUAACCCUGUAAGCUCACCACCGCCACCUCAUCACCACCACCACCAUCACCACCAUCCACCAAAACACUACAAUAGCCAUCCACCGCCACCACCACCGCUACCUCCGCCGCCUCACCACCACCAUGAUUAUCCGAAGCCACCAACUCCGUCACCACCACACCACCACCAUGACUAUCCAAAGCCACCACUUCCCUCACCUUCUCCACCACUUCCACCCCCACACCACCAUGACUAUCCAAAGCCACCAACUGCGUCACCACCACCACCGCACCAUCAUGACUAUCCUAAACCUCCACCUCCCUCUCCUACACCCCCACAUCACCAUGACUAUCCUAAACCACCACCUCCUUGUCCUCCACCACCACAUCACCAUGACUAUCCUAAACCUCCAACUUAUUCACCACCUCAAGCAGUACCACCCUCAGUUCCAGCACAACCACCAACCAAACAUGAGGCUCCACCACCUGAACAUGUACAUCCACCAAAGCCCAGCCCAACUAUUCCACCACCACAAUCACCUCCGAAAGCUUAUCCACCAAAGAGCAACCAACCUCCAGUCCACCCUCCAAAAUCAUCACCACCAAGCCACCCUCCAAAGCCAUACCCUCCAAAAGCAUCACCACCAAGCCACCCUCCAAAGCCAUACCCUCCCAAAUCCUCACCACCAAAAAGUCAACCUCCAGUCCACCCUCCAAAGCCCUACCCUCCCAAAUCAUCACCGCCACAAAGCAGCCACCCUCCAGUACAACCACCAAAGCCAUACCCUCCAAAAUCAUCACCACCAAAGCCCAGUCACCCUCCAAAAUCAUCACCUCCCAAAUCAUCGCCUCCCAAAGCAUCACCUCCAAAAAGCACCUACCCUCCAAAGGCAGCGCCACCAAAAUCCGCAUACCCACCAAAGGGUGCGACCCCACCUGCAUUCCCUCCUGGUUACUACACUCCUCCUACCCCUUUCAACGCUGUCCCGCCUUCAUCUGAAAUCGUGGCACCGCCACCGGGGAAAAACCACACCACUGUCAUCGCUGUGUGCGUCUCCCUGGGUGGUGCCUUCUUCCUUGCCUUCCUCUUAGUCGGCCUCUUCUGCUUCGCCAAGAAGAAGAAGAAGAGAGUGAUGGUUCCUGCAGCAGUUCCUUGUAUUGAGGAAGAAGAACAUCAACCAGAAGCAGUGCCAGCAGUAGGAGGAGGCGCAUAUGGUGCUGCGCCACCUCCAGUAGCGGUUCCUGUAGAGCAACACGGAUAUGGUGGCGGUGCAGCUGAGAUCGGGCCUUCUGGGGCGACAGCUUAUGCUCCUCCUGGUCAUCAUCCAAGUUAUUGAUAAUGCCACGUCAUUCUCGGUUGCAAUAUUCGUACACGUUCAGUGUGAUUUCAUUGCAUUAUUCUUUAGGGUUUGUAAUAAAGUUUGGUCGAUUUGUUGAUUUUUUUUUAGAUUGUAUUUAUUCAUGUUGUGUGGAUCGUCAAAGGAGAGGAAUGUGGUGGCCAUUGGCCAGCUAAUAAGAAGGGGUGUCCUAUGAUUCUAUGAAGGCAAAGGCCAAAUUUGUUCAUGUGAA